UUCACCGUUCCUGUACGAAUGAAUGCUGGUGUGGCCCUCCACUGAGUAAUGUUCGUCGCUGUAGUAACCAUCCGUAUAGGCUGCAGUGAGAGGGACACCCAGUGAGAGUAAUAAUACAAGCGUCGCUGCGGUACUGUGAGUUUGCUAUCGCACAGUACGAGUUUACCGGAGCUCGGGGUCGCUCAACUGUCAAGGCCUCAAAAACCCGACCCGAUUCUUUUUAGUAAUGGCCGAAUUAAAGUUACGGAGUUUGUUCCACGACCCGGAACAUUACGUGAAGGCGUUUCAAUUAUACGCUUCUCUUUCGGCUAAGUUCAGAGUACUGGCCAACUGGGGAGAUAACAAUUUCCCUAAGGAGGUUGUUGAGCAUCUUCCCUUCAAGCUGAAGGGGAAUGAGGAACUCCGUGUGCUGGGUAUAGGAAGUGGAUCAGGUGAGAUGGACAGCAAGAUGUUAUCUAUGCUUUUGCAGAAAUACCCUCGCAUCACCAACCGUGUAGUUGAGCCUGCAGUGGAUCAGAUGGUCCAGUACAAGGCAUUGGUUCAAUCCAAGGGACACGAACUACAGGGAGUUAACUUUGACUGGCGACAGCAAACCCUGGAUCAAUACAGAGAGGCUGCCAGGGAUGGAGCCAAAUUUCAUUUCAUCAACGCUGUACACUCCAUGUACUAUGCUGAGGACGUAGACAGUUCCUUGAUGUAUCUGUACGACCUUCUAGAACCUGGUGGCAAAUUACUUAUUAUUACCAUUUCAGACGACAGCGGUUUCUGGCGGCUAUGGAACCAUUUCCCCGGAUACCAGGAUCACCUCAUGCACUUCAUCAGCUCAGCCGAUGUUCGUAGCUCAUUAGAUCGCCGUAACAUCCCCUACACCCAGAGUCACCAGAAGUCCCGGGUGGAAAUCACCAAGUGUCUUGAUGAGACAUCAAAAGACGGGAAUCUCUUGGUGGAUUUCCUUAUCCAUAUUGUGAAGUUUAAAGAGACGGCUUCGGAUGCCCAGUAUAAGGAAGUGAUGGAGUACAUGCUGAGCGGUGAGUGCUCGGAAAAGGACGGGGAUGAAGUCCUCUUUAUUAACGACUGGGAUGCAGUGAUGGUCGAGAAGAGAGUAACUUGAGGUUGUUCUAAAAAUGUCACAUACA